GUGUGUAGCUAGCUGGGACUGAGCCUACGGGGGGGGGGGUUAAACUGCUUUUGUCUCGCCUCCUGCAAAAUGCACGCCUCUCCUCAAAGUUCUCAUUUAUUACAUUUAUUAGUACAUACCAAGGUGUGAAACUACAAUAACUCUAAUGUUGACGAGCACAGUUUUUUUUUCUCUACUUAAGCAGCAGGCUAAGCUAGCCAAGUUAACCAUUUGAAGAUUAUCAGCACUCGUUCUCUCAAAAUCUCUGCUCUCGGAAUGUUCUCCAAAAAGCCCCAUGGGGAUGUGAGGAAAUCGACACAGAAAGUAUUGGACCCUAAAAAGGAUGUACUGACACGGCUGAAACAUCUACGAAUCGUUAUUGAAAACGCAGAGCCAGCCGAACUCAAGCACUUCUUUGAUCAGAACUACUCCCAUAUCUAUUAUGUCUUUUUUGAGAACUUUGUUAGCAUCGAAGUUAACUUGAAACAGAAAGGUCACAAAUCGCAAAGGGAAGAGCUUGACUCCAUUCUUUUCAUAUUUGAGAAAAUUUUGCAGCUGUUGCCAGAGAGGGUGCAAGGGAGAUGGCAGUUCCACAGCAUCGGUCUCAUCCUGAAGAAACUUCUGCAUACAGGGAACUCCCUGAAGAUCCGGAGGGAGGGAGUGCGUCUCUUCCUGCUGUGGCUGCAGGCUCUGCAGGGUAACGCUCUCAGAGAGCAGCUCUGGCUCUUUGCCUGCCUUAUCCCUGGAUUCCCGGCCCCACAGUCUGAGCUCGGCCCUCGGACACUGGACAACCUGAUCAGUCCUACCCUUAACCUGCAGGAGGCACAAGUCUCUCCGGAGGAGAUCAGUCCACUGGUGCUGCCCCAGUCCGGGGACAAGGCUCAGGAGGACCUCACCGGCUACUUCCUGGAGGCCCUGCUGAAAUACAUGGUAAACCAGGCCAAAAGUCUGGAGUGGAAGUGUAAGGAGAACCAUGAGAAGGGUUUCGCUUUCCUCUUCUCCAACUUUAAGAAGUAUUACCUGUCCCACAUCUUCCCCAACUUCUCCAAAGAGACGAGUUUGUACAGUCCUAUUCUAGAGGUUCCCCCGAUGAGGGCAAAGCCUGGGUAUGUAGUUGUAAAGAGAGACCCCGAGACUAACGAAGCGCUGUACUGCACUAAAGAGAACUUCCUCAAUGCCAGAGUCAUCUUCAUCCGCUGGCUGGUUUCCUUCUGGCUGGAGCCCAGGGCCAACGCAGGGACCCACAUCCCCGGAGUGGAUGGAGAAAAUGUGCCAAAGAACAUCCAGAGAGCCGCGGCAGGAUUGGCGGCACGGGCAGAGGAUGCCUGUCCCCGGGCGGAUGCACUGGAGGGCGGAGGAGGUGUGGAGGCCGAACAGUCGCACUCCAACACCAGCACGCUGACGGAGAGGGAGCCCAGCUCCUCCAGCCUGUGCAGCAUGGAUGAGGAGCACCUCACCGACAUCGAGGUGGUCCGCCGCGUCCUCUGCUCCUGCAGGACCAACGUCAACUUCAUCACCGAGAUCUUCCGGCAGGCUUUCCUGUUGCCAAUGUGUGAAGCAGCAGCCAUGCGCAGGGUGGUUCGGGUGUACCAGGAGUGGAUUUCUCAGGAGGACAAGCCCCCGUUCAUGGCUGAGCCCGGGGAGGAGGACCCUGGCCUGGGUCAGCAGGACCUGGCUGGCGAGCAGGGCUCUGAGAACCAGGAGGAGGAGAGAGGUCUGAAGGGCUCCAGCCAUUGCAGAAAUCCCACCUGGAACAGGGCGGGUCUGCAGGGAUCUGGGAGUAAAGCUUCCGACAGUGAGCUGUUGGAAUACAGCAUCCGUGCAGGUGUACAAGCCACCCUGCAGGUCUUCAUCACCAACUCUGCAAACGUCUUCCUGUUGGAGCCAGCAAAUGAGCUGAAGACUUUGCUGGAGGAGCAUGUUGAUAUGUGCAAGCGUGUUCUCAACAUCUACCGCAGCCUGGUCAUGCAUCAGACCAUGGACCAGAAGACCUGGGAGCAGGUCCUCCUUGUGUUGCUGCGAGUUACCGAGUGCGUGAUGAAGAGGCCUCCCUCCAUAAUGCCUCAUGGGAAGAAGAGCAACACACUGUCAGGCCGGCUGGCAGGGGCCAUCUUUCAGACGCUGAUCGUGGCUUGGAUCAAAGGCAACCUGAACGUGUAUAUCUCCCGCGAGCUCUGGGACGACCUGCUGGCUGUGCUCUCCUCGCUCACCUGCUGGGAGGAGCUGGUCACUGAGUGGUCCCUCACCAUGGAAACGCUCACUAAGGUGCUGGCCCGCAACCUCUACAACCUGGACCUUAACGAGCUGCCCCUGGACAAGCUGAGCGAACAGAAGCAGAAGAAACACAAGGGCAGAGGCGGUGUCCACGAGGGCCAGAAGAUGGUGGUGGACCGUUCGUUCUCCAAAGGCUGGAGCCGGGACCCGCCGGGCCAGGCGGUCGCCAUGCGCCAGCGCAGCGCCACCACUGCCGGCUCGCCGGGCAUCGAGAAGGCCAGGAGCAUCGUCCGGCAGAAGACCGUCGCUCUGCGUAGCUGUUCAACCGGUGACAGCCUCUUGUCGGCAGCGUUUAUCCGCAGCGCUAAAAGUGCACCUGUGCUCGCGCACCCCGCCCACCCGCUCCUGCCCACCUCUGUCCUCACCCCCCUAGCUGAUGAGCUGUCAGACAUGGAGGAUCCCCCGUUAGCAGCCCGCGGGCCACGGGCCCGUCACUGCUCUCAGAGCGAGGAGAGCCCCGCCUCGGAGGUGUUCUCCGUGUCAGCUGACCUGGAGCAGACGCCCCUCCCCCGCAGCAGCAGCGCCUCUGACAUCAUGGAGCCCUCCAUCGCCGAGCGGGUCAAAGGUGCACUUCCUGUUUCUGACAGUCCGUCUCACACUACCCCCUCCGCGGCCACCCCCUCAGACUCCCCCCACUGCCCCCUGCCCCCACGUCCCCCCUCCGACACCUGCAGCGCCCUCGACAGCCGGGCAUCUUCCCUGGAGGUGGGCGAUAACAUCUACGACCACCUCUGCCAGAUGCCAGGGCCCCAACCCCCAUUUAUCCCUGACUGGACAUGUCCAGCUGCCACGCCCACUCCUCUGGCCGAGAGGGGGGGAGAGGAGGAUCUCUUCAGCUCCCUCCGCGAGUACUUCCUGCUCAGAGACCCAGAGGGGCCGCCUGGGGAGGCGAGGCUAGGUGGGCCGGGGGCGGAGUCUGGCUCAGACCGAGGCAGCGGAGGUGGGGCGCUGGAGGAGAGGGAGGCGGAGCCAUGUGAGCAGAUGUUCUAUGAGUGUUUAGAGGAGUGCGAGUGGGCGUCAGCCUGCGCGCAGGGCCAAACCAACACGGAGGAGCCGUGCACUCUGCCGUUAGCCGAGGUCAGGACAGACUUGGGGCCGUGUAGACAGAGCACCGCAGAGCAGCCGCGCGAGAGCGAGCCCGUCGUCCAGCAUCCCCACGCCCACCAGCUUCUGCUCCGCCCCCGACUGUCCCGCUCGGGCCCCAAAAAGCGCCCGGGAGGCGGGGUGCACGUCAGUUUCCGGCCCUCCACCGAAUCCGUGCAGUUCCUCAACCCCCUGGACCCCAAGGAGGCGCACUGGAAGGCCCGUCUCCGACGCCUCGGCCACUUCAGCGGCCACUCGGCCGGCGUCGGUGGCACGGGGGCAAAGGUCAGAGAAGGGUCCGGGGAGGGCGGGCCCUGCGGGGACAGCAGCGAGCGGGAGGGGGGCUCCGUCGGUGGGGCGAGGCACGGCCGCCUGGGCAGACCCUCGCUCCGCCCGCGCGCCUCCCGCUCCAGGUCGCAGGAGUCAGGCUGCAGCCCCUCCCGCCAGCAGGUGGCACUGUUAGGUGGCAUGUAUAAAUCUGUGGUGCACGCUCUCUCCAAGCCCAAGAGCCACGCGGCGGCACUGAGCCACAGCAAAGCGCCUGUCCCCGACGCACCCCUGAAGGACCUGUACUCGCAUGUUAUGGGCUAUUUUGGAAGAAGAACACCAGCCAGCAAAGAUGAGUUGACGCCGAAGAUGCGUCCUGUCUCCGAAAACGCGGGCAGCAGCAACCCAAAUGUUAGCGAUCUGAUGGACGAGUUCAUCCAGGAGAGACUCCGGUCCAGGGGCACCUCGGGUAUGACGAGACGUGGUAGUAGUCCAGGCAGUUUGGAGAUUCCAAAGGAUUUCCCAGACGUGCUGACCCAUCCAAACGCCACGCGCCCCGCGGAUGACCCCGGCGUGCCUUCCGAGUGGACGUCUCCCGCCAGCGCCAGUGGGAGUGACCUCAUCAGCUCCGACAGCCAAUCGGAUUCUUUCAAUGCCUUCCAGUAUGACAACAAGUUUGAGAACUUCAGCUUCGCCCCCGAGGUGUGUGCAGUGGAGCAGGAGGGAGCGUGUGUCCCGCCGCCAGCAGGAGACGAGCCAGACCAGUCCAGCCUCACCACGCUGCACAUGGACUCAGAGACCAGCAGCCUGAGUCAGCACGGCCUGUCUGCUGACACUGCCACCAUCACAGGCUCGGAGAGCGCCUCCCCCUUGCACUCCCUGGCCGGCUCUCGCUCUCAGACGCCAUCUCCUGCCACCCUGACAGCCGAACACGUAGAACACAAAGACUUGCAGCUGGAUGAGAAGCUGCACCACUCCGUCCUGCAGACGCCCGACGACCUGGAAACCAGUGAGUUCCCCACCGAGGACUGCAGUGUCAUGGCUGGGGGUUCCCUGACCGGCUGGCAUGCUGAUGUCGCCACGGUGAUGUGGAGAAGAAUGCUUGGCAUUCUGGGAGAUGUGAACUCCAUUAAAGACCCUGAGAUCCACGCACAGGUCUUUGACUAUCUUUGCGAGCUCUGGCAGAACUUGGCCAAGAUCCGAGACAAUCUGGGGAUCUCCCUUGACAACCAGUCGUCGCCGGCCCCUCCGGAUCUGAUCCCUCCGCUACGCAUCCUGACGCCAUGGCUCUUUAAAGCUACCAUGCUGUCGGAGAGGUACAAGCAGGGGAAGCUCCACGCCUACAAACUGAUCUGCAAGAUCAUGAAGAGGAGGCAGGACGUGUCGCCCAACUCCGACUUCCUCACACACUUCUACAAUAUCAUGCACUGCGGCCUGCUGCACCAGGACCAGGACAUCGUGAACACCAUCAUUAAGCACUGCUCCCCACGGUUCUUUUCCAUCGGUCUGCCGGGGGCCACGUCGCUCAUCCUGGACUUCAUCAUAGCGGCUAGCCGCGUCACAACCUGCUCCUCUCUCAACGCACCAAGGGUGGAGGCUCAGGUGCUGCUGGGUUCUCUGGUGUGUUUCCCCAACCUAUACGAGGAGCUUCCUGCCCUCCACCCCACCACAGCCGACAUCGCCUUGACCAAAUUCAAGGAUGUUAAGGAACACAUUAUUAAGCACAUCCUAGCUUCAGCCCGAGAUGAGCCGUCUGCCCCAGCGAGGUGUGUCGCUCUCUGCAGUCUGGGUAUCUGGCUCUGUGAAGAACUGGUCCACGGCACACGGCACCCACAGAUCAAAGAAGCCCUCAAUGUCAUCUGUGUCACUCUGAAGUUCCCUAACAAAACUGUAGCGCUGGUGGCUUCAGACAUCCUGCACUUGCUCAUAAACUAUGUGGACGAUCUGCAAAAAUUCCCACCCGACACUCCAAAGAAGAUAGUAGAGGUACUCAUUGCAACCAUCAGCUACCUGCUGCCCUCUACGGAGUCUUCCCCUCAUGAGCUGGACAAGAGGUUGGUGGUGUCUCUGCUGCUCUGCUUGCUGGACUGGGUCAUGGUGCUUCCUCCAAAGACUCUGCUCCAGCCGGUCCAGACGCUGGCGCCAGACAAAGACAAGACGGACAAGUCCGUCCUGAGCUCCAUCUAUAAGGUGCUCCACGGCUGUGUGUACGGGGCGCAGAGUUUCAGUAACCCGCGUUACUUCCCGCUCAGCCUGUCGGACCUGAGCAGUCCCGCCUACGACCCGUUCCUGCCGCUGGAGGUCCUGCGGGAGCCUGAGCCCCUCCACUCGCCCGACUCGGAGCGCUCCUCCAAGCUGCAGCCUGUGACCGAAGUGAGGAGCCGUAUCCAGCAGGGUCUAAUCGCCAUAGCAGCGCGUACGGUCAUCUCUCACCUGGUGAACCACCUAGGCCACUACCCAAUGAGCGGCGGGCCCGCCACCCUCACCAGCCAGGUGUGCGAGAACCACGACAACCCUUACUGCGAGAGCAGCGACCUGGCCCCCGACCUCUUCGACACACCCAACCUGCAGUUCUUCGCGCUGAACGGCACCACGCUGCUCUCCUGCCUGCAGAUCCGCGCCGAGGAUGGCGUGCCAGGGGGCGGCAUGUCCGCCGGCCUGGUCAGCACCAGCGCCUGUGUGCGCCUCGUUGUCAGGGACAUCUCGGGCAAGCACUCGUGGGACUCGGCCGUGCUCUACGGCCCGCCUCACUGCGCCUCCGCCGCCGGUCACAGGGCCUCCGCUCCUCCGGGGAGCAGCAGGGAGCGGGGCGGCGAGGGCGACGGCGUGGGGAAGGCGGAACAGGAGGAGAGCGAGGACCCUGGGGAGAACGAGGAGAUGCAGAGGGAGCACGGUGAGGAGACCCUGGAGGAGGAUGGAGAGGAGGAGGAGGAGGAGGAGGAGGCGGUGCUGGAGCUUAUGGCUCCGCGGGCCAAGCGCGUGUGCCGCGAGGUGGUCCCGAGCUGGGCAUCCCUGCAGGACGGCGAGGACGCCCUGGACGAGAUGCUGCAGUACCUGGGCUACUCCAGCCCUGAGUGCCUGCAGCACACAGGCACACCCCUCAACAUCCCGGCCCCGCCGCCCGCCUGCGUCUCAGAGAAGCAGGAGAACGACGUCAUCGACGCCAUCCUGAAGCAGUGCGCCGAGGAGCGAGAGUUCGCGCUCCGCCGUGGCAACGAGCUGAGCAUGAGGGCCGCGGGGCAGCCGGAGCCGAGCCCACAGAGGCCGCAGUCCGCCUUCUACCACUGCAGGCUGCUGCUCAACGUGCUAGGCAUGAACUCCUGGGAGAAGAGGAGCAGUUUCCACCUGCUGAAGAAGAGCGAGAAGCUCCUACGGGAGCUGAAGAACCUGGAUUCCAGGCAAUGCCGCGAGACCCACAAGAUUGCCGUGUUUUACGUGGCUGAGGGGCAGGAGGACAAGCACUCGAUCUUGUCCAACGCGAACGGCAGUCAGGCCUACGAGGACUUUGUGGCAGGGCUGGGCUGGGAGGUAAACCUAACAAGCCACUGUGGUUUCAUGGGUGGUCUUCAGCGGAAUAAGAGCACGGGACUGACCAUGCCAUACUUCGCCACCUCCACCGUGGAGGUCAUGUUCCACGUGUCCACACGCAUGCUGCCUGACUCGGACGACCCGCUCACCAAAAAGCUGAGGCACUUGGGCAAUGACGAGGUGCACAUCGUGUGGUCCGAGCACACGCGGGACUACCGGCGGGGAAUCAUCCCCACCGAGUUCGGAGACGUCCUCAUCAUCAUCUACCCCGUGAAGAACCGCAUGUACAGCAUCCAGAUCAUCAAAAAGCCGGAGGUACCCUUCUUUGGGCCCUUGUUCGAUGGUGCCGUAGUGGAUGGGAAGGUCUUACCCACCAUGGUGCGAGAUACGGCCAUCAACGCCAGCCGGGCUCUCAAGUCCCUCAUCCCUCUCUACCAGAACUUCUACGAGGAGCGGGCGCGUUAUUUGGAGACGAUCGUCCAGCACCACCUGGAGCCCAGCACCUUUGAGGACUACGCUGCCCGUGUGUUCUGCCCCGCCCCCUUUCACCACCUUACCUCUGAAACAGGCCCAUGCCUCGAGAGCCAGCCGCCCGAAACCCCCGUGGCAGCGGUAGACGUGAGUGACUUAGCCUCGCCAAUGUCGCCGCGUGCUAGCAAGAGCCGCGUGUCCAUGAAGCUUCGACGAUCCUCCGGGUCGGCCAACAAGACCUGACCCCACCCUCCACCACGCCGCACGCACGCCCACACACUCACGCGCAAGACCUGACCCCGUCCUCCACCACGCCGCGCACACACACCCACAUACACACUCGCGUGCGCCGGCAGGCUCCUGCAAGACGCGCCACAUCGCUCGCCGUCCCUUCAGAGAGCCCCAUCACGCUGUCAGGACCAUGCCCACAGCCGCUGUCCUCGCACCAACCACACUCCCAGUAUAGUCUGACUCCUCCCUUUCAAAACUUAACCGGAGAGCCAGGGAUCGCUGAGGAAACAGUUUUCUGAAAGGACUUCUAUGUGUACCAGUACGAGUUACAUGAAAAGAUGGCAGAUGUGUAUUUUUGAUGUCCGCUAAUGUGGCCGUUGUUUUGCUGAGGUUAUGUGGUUACUCUGGUGUUGUCACAGAGCAGGGUAAUAUCUCCUCCCACUGGAAGUGCCAGUGGUCGUACGGUGAUCCACAGACUUACUGAUACUGAUUUCUGGUGCAUAAUCGAUAAUGUGUUUUAUACCUGUACAGAUGAGAGGUUUUCUUUGUCAGAUGGCCACAUGAGUCCUGAUUGUGAUGUAGAUGUGUGGUAAAACUGAACCACUUCCUGCUGUUACAUUGUUUUUCUUUCUUUAUUUUCUUUUUUAU